ACAUCAUUUCGUCAUUUAGCAGCUCUCGCAUUUUGUUUCAUUUUAAAAAUGGCAGACGUAGAAAAGGAGCCUGAGAAGACCAUUGCUGAAGAUUUGGUUGUUACCAAAUACAAAUUAGCUGGCGAAAUUGUAAAUAAAACACUGAAGACAGUGAUUGAACUCUGUGUAGCGGACGCUUCAGUGAGGGAAAUAUGCACCAAGGGCGACAAUCUGCUGACUGAAGAAACCGGCAAAGUAUACAAAAAGGAAAAGGAACUGAAGAAGGGUAUCGCAUUUCCGACCUGUCUCUCGGUCAACAACUGUGUCUGUCACUUUUCGCCAGCUAAGAACGAUGCCGACUACACGCUAAAGGCGGGCGAUGUGGUCAAAAUCGACCUGGGUGCCCACAUUGAUGGCUUCAUUGCUGUUGCGGCACACACAAUUGUCGUUGGCGCCGAUCAGAAAGUAACCGGACGUCAAGCUGAUGUCAUCUUGGCCGCGUAUUGGGCCGCCCAAGCGGCGCUCCGUCUGCUCAAGGCCGGUUCCAGUAAUUACUCAAUCACCGAUGCCGUGCAACAAAUCAGCGAGUCGUACAAGUGCAAGCCCAUUGAGGGCAUGCUCAGUCACGAGCUGAAGCAAUUCAAAAUCGAUGGUGAGAAAACGAUCAUACAGAACCCGAGUGAGGCCCAACGCAAGGAGCAUGAGAAGUGCACAUUUGAGAAGCACGAGGUUUAUGCCAUCGAUGUCAUCGUCAGCACCGGCGAAGGCGUGGGACGCGAGAAGGACACAAAGGUCUCCAUUUACAAGAAGUCCGACGAGAACUACAUGCUUAAGCUGAAGGCAUCGCGUGCUCUACUCGCCGAGGUGAAAACCAAGUAUGGCAACAUGCCCUUCAACAUCCGCAGCUUCGAGGAAGAGACCAAGGCGCGCAUGGGAGUCGUUGAAUGCGUCUCACACAAGAUGAUUGAGCCCUUCCAAGUGCUCUAUGAGAAGCCCUCUGAAAUUGUGGCACAGUUCAAACACACGGUAUUGCUCAUGCCCAACGGCGUCAACCUGGUUACCGGCAUACCGUUCAACGUCGACAGCUACGUUAGCGAAUACAGCAUCGCGCAACCCGAGCUGAAGGAACUGGUCGCACAGCCAUUGGGACCCGUCAAGGGCAAGGGCAAAGGCAAGAAGGCGGCCGCUGGUGGUGCGGCGACAAAAGUGGAAUCGGCGCCGGCCGUUGAGACCAAGGCAUAAGCUGCUCUCGUCUGCAUACCAUACAAAACACGCCCCCUUAAAGCAACUACAAUGUGAACAAUUGCGCUGCCUACUGCUGCCGCUCUUUAAAAUUUUACUAUAGAAUUCGUUGAUUAGUAAAGCAGAGAAACCAUUUGACAACAACAUAAUUCGUUUUCGUUCCAAGAACUUUAAAUAUUUCCACUACAAGAACAAAA